AUGCUGAACAUUGUAGCAAUCUACGCGAUCAGAAAAACUCCAUCAUUGUCAAAAAAUUUAAAAGCUUUGCUUCUGUGUCUGGCUGUUUCUGAUCUUGGUGUUGGUUUACUAGCUCAGCCAAUGUAUGUUACACGACUUGUUGUGGACUCAACACAAACGAAUACAACUUAUAAUACCAUAUUUGUCGCGUUUCUUAUUCUGACGAAUUUGUUCACUUUUGCGUCAUGGUUUAGUGUCACGGCUCUCUGUGCAGACAGAUUUUUCGCCAUUUACCUUCACCUCAGAUACCAAGAACUUGUGAAAUACAAGAGCGUUGCUGCUGCAGUUGUCUUCAUUUGGAUAUUCAGCGCACUUAUUUCACUGAUGAGUUUUUCGUCAACGGCUCUUGUCUUUAGUUAA